AUGGCCACCUCAGAGAGGCUCAGCACAGGUUGGCACGAGGGCUGGACCCAGCUGGGCUCAGGGCCGAGGGAGGCUGGCUGCAGGUAUGGCUCCGGGUUGAAGAUGCUCAUGGGUGACCCCCCGGAGAGGAAGAGGGAGGGUGCUGAGCAGCACCGAGCAGGGCCCACUGCCCCCCUAGACGGCAGGGCAGCUGGAGUGAAGCGUGAUGAGCAUCAGCGUGCCUGGCUGUGGCCCCUGCGGCGGGCAGCGGCAUCUGCGGGACUAGCGGCUGGGCUCUGGGAAGAGAAGGCCCUGGGCCGGCCCCGUGGCAAAGCCCCAGUCGGUGCCAAGGAGCAGGCAGGCCUGGGCCAGGAGGCACGACUGGGGCUAGGUGCCGUGGGCGUCCCCACACUCCGUGUGAUGCCCUGGGGAGGCAAGUCAGAGCAGUGGGGCAGGAGCAGCGGUGAGGAGAUGGGCCCCGCUGGAGAUGCAGGGACGCCCAGGGACUCUCCCGGGCCGGCCGAGGCUGUGGCACUCUGCUGGGACCCAUGCAGCCGCUUGAGGAGACCGGAAAGCCCCACUGACACCAUGUCCAAGCAGCGGGCCCAACGGAUCUGGUUCCAGGAGCGCCCGGGGCCGCUCACCGCUCAGUGGAGCGUGGAGGACGAAGAGGAGGCAGCCCGCGAGAGGCGUCGGCGUGAACGGGACCGCCAACUGCGGGCUGAGGAUGGAGACGGUGGUUGCCAGGCCCUGGAGCUGGAGCAGGACAAGCUGGUCAACCUGAAACCCUCAGAGGCCCCUGAACUGGAUGAGGACGAGGGCUUUGGUGACUGGUCCCAGAAGCCAGGGCCCCGGGGGCUGCUGGCUGAGGACGAGACCACUCGGGGAGAAAGCCCCCAGGAGCAGGAGCCCGUUGAGGAGGACCCGCCCCACAGGCUGGAACAGGAGGACAGCCACAGAACAGACCAAGCCAAAGUCCCCCUGGAAGGGCUGUGCCUGAGCCCAGUGGUGGAGCCCCAGGAGGGUCUGGGUCCAGAGGAAACAGGGCGUCAAAGCCCCGAGGAGCCAGCCCAGGACCCCCUGGGGCCAGCAGAGGCGGGAGAGACAGGGGAGCAGUGUCAGCAGCCCAGGACACCCAGCCCCUUGGCCUUGGAGGGGGCUGCUGGACACGGCUCACCUCCUCUGAGCCCCACCACCAAGCUCAUUGACAGGACUGAGUCCUUGAACCGCUCCAUACAGAAGAGUAACAGUGUGAAGAAGUCUGAGCCAGGGCUGCCCGUCUCCAGGAUUGACGAGCGUCUGGAACAGUACACGCAAGCCAUCGAGACUGCUGGCCGGACCCCCAAGCUAGCCCGCCAGCCCUCCAUAGAGCUGCCCAGCAUGGCCGUGGCCAGUACCAAGAACCUGUGGGAGUCGGGAGAGGUGCAGGCCCAGUCUGCAGCCAAGAGCCCCUCCUGCAAGGAUAUCGUUGCUGGAGACAUGAGCAAGAGAAGCCUCUGGGAGCAGAAGGGUGGUUCCAAGACCUCAUCCACCAUUAAGAGUACCCCAUCUGGGAAGCGGUACAAGUUUGUGGCCACAGGGCACGGCAAGUAUGAGAAGGUGCCUGUGGACGAGGCCGCGGCACCCUAG